AUGUUUCAGAAGCAGCACAAGGAAAUGAACAGCCAGCUGUGCGAGUUCAUGAAAGAGAGGAGAGGCUGGCCACUGGAUCGAUGUGGUUACUCUGCGCAGGCGCGGCACCUGCAUUCGGCAGAAUGUGGAAGUUUUUUUAGCUAUAAAUCAGAAUUUGUGAGACAUCAGAGAGUUCACACCGGGGAGAAGCCAUUUUCAUGCUCAGAAUGUGGGAAAUGUUUUAAGCUUAAAUCACAUCUUGUUGUACAUCAGAGAGUUCACACAGGGGAGAAGCCAUUUUCAUGCUCAGAAUGUGGGAAACGUUUUAACCAGAACUCAGCUCUUGUUAUACAUCAGAGAAUUCACACAGGAGAGAAUCCAUAUCAAUGUUCAGAAUGCGGUGAAUGUUUUAAGCAUAAAUCAGCUCUUGUUUUCCAUCAAAGAGUUCACACAGGGGAGAAGCCAUUUUCAUGCACAGAAUGUGGAAAAUGUUUUAAGCAGAAAUCAGCUCUUGUUUUCCAUCAGAUAAUUCACACCGGGGAGAAGCAAUUUUGUUGUUCAGAAUGUGGGACAAGUUUUAACUAUAAGUCAGCAUUUAUUAGACAUCAAAGAAUUCACACCGGGGAGAAGCCAUUUUCAUGCACAGAAUGUGGGAAAUGUUUUAAGCAGAAACCACAUCUUGUUGAUCAUCAGAGAAAUCACACAGGAGAGAAGCCAUUUUCAUGUUCAGAAUGUGGGAAAUGUUUUCACUAUAAAUCAGCUCUUGUUGUACAUCAGAGAACUCACACAGGAGAGAAGCCAUAUCCAUCUUCAGAAUGCGGUGAAUGUUUUAAGCAUAAAUCAGCUCUUGUUUUCCAUCAGAGAGUUCACACAGGGGAGAAGCCAUUUUCAUGCUCAGAAUGUAGUAAAUGUUUUAAGUAUAAACAAGUUCUUGUUGUACAUCAGAGAAUUCACACCGGGGAGAAGCCAUAUCCAUGUUCAGAAUGCAGUGAAUGUUUUAAGCAUAAAUCAGCUCUUGUUUUCCAUCAGAGAGUUCACACCGGGGAGAAGCCAUUUUCAUGUUCAGAAUGUGGGAAAUCUUUUAACAAUAAUUCAGCAUUUAUUAGACAUCAGAGAGUUCACACAGGGGAGAAGCCAUUUUCAUGUUCAGAAUGUGGGAAAUGUUUUAACCAGAAAUCAGUUCUUGUUGCACAUCAUAAAACUCACAGGGAGAAGCCAUCUCCAUACCUCGCCCUUUAGUGACCGCACUUAUGUGUUUUUAUGGUAGUCAGUGUCGUUAACUGGCUUUAUUCCAUCAGAUAUCCUUUUUUACACGGGGAUAAAACUGAAUCUUGCUUUUAGUUACCAGAGGUGGCCGAUGGCUUGGAGUGAUGAUUGGGACCACUGUGGGAGCUCCCCAAACACGUAUUGUCUCCUAUAUUGAAUGAAUACCAGACUCAAAGGACAAAUCCAGUUAAAAGUGAAAGUUUAGACUGUAUAUAUAUCCCCUCUAAACAAACAUGUUUGGUGAGAGGAAAUAAAAAAAAACUAUAGGGCCUGAUAUAAAAAGAUAACUAUCUACCUAUUCCUGCCCCAGUCUGUUCUACCUUUUAUAAGUAUUUGUAAAAUUAAAAACGUCAAAUAUGAGCUUGUCAAGAAACCGUCAGCUCUUACUGGGUCUCAUUAGUAAUGUGCUAGUUCUCCCAAAAAGUGACCCGGGUGAGGAUUGCCUCAUUACAUAGAAGCCAUUACUUACCCUCCUAAAGGAAUAUCAUCUUAAUCUGCACAUCCUGACCAAAAUGUAUCAUUCUGUAGAUAAACCCCUGUAUUUGUAGAAGUCACGUGGUUCACUCAGCUCACAUGAAUUUACACAGUGGGUGAAUUCUUGG